AUGGCAGACGGAGUUCAGAAUCAGAAUAACGAAUUGGAAUUAAACACCGUUUUUCAGCAAUCCCAUGACGAGGAUGAUUUUCAGUUGAGCCAGGCUGUUCAGAUGUACGAACUAAGCCAAUCUGAUUUAAAUGACCAGGAAUUUGGGAAUUUUGAUAUUCAGAAUUGGUGUUUAGAAGCGUUUCCAGAAUUAAAACAGGAAAUUUUUACUGAAUGGUCUGAAAAUACCACUACUAGAUUCGGAAAACCCGUCUCCGCUACCGAGAUAAGUGCACUCCAAAAAAAUCAAGAGAGUAAAAACAAGCACCGCAAUACUUCAUGGGCAGUUAAAGUGUUCAACGACUGGAAAUCUCAGCGUAACCAACAGCAACCUGGCGAUUUUAAGAUCAUUCCAGAAAUAACUUGC